CAUAAUCUUCGAGAUUUUUUUUUCUGACCGCGAUUUUGAAAAUUCGCGGAAUUACCAUGUAAGAUAUUACAUUUAUUUUCGUGCGACGAUAAAAAAAAGGGAUAGAACAUCUCACCGAUUAUUAAACUGCUGCGGAAUGGACGGCAAAGUCUUUUCAAGAAAUUAUUGCAUUAAGUUUGCAUACCAACCGAAACGUCGUACACCACUCACAUCAUACAUGCAACGUUUAUCCUUACAAUACGUUUAUCCUGAUAACACUGUAUUUAAUAAACAAAUUCUAACUAAGAUCUAUUUUGUACCGGUGCUACAUAUAUCAUCUAUAUAUAAACAUCAAAGUUCCAUAAAACCGACAACUUUUGGAAAAGCAGAAUUGAAUAAAAAUUCUCCCAAUCAAUCAUCUAAGAUGAAACAAGAGAAAAAAAAUUUUUUCUAUUUGAUAUUUCUUAUUGUUAAUAUAUUAGCAAUAAUUAUCAUUUGCAGUAUAAUUAUAAGAGUAAUUUUAGAUGUAAUGGACAAAAAUACUAUGCAACCUAUAAGCAAUCAUACUUCAGUAAUAUUUAAACUUGUUAAGAAUAUUAAAGCUGCAGAUUAUAAUCACGAAUCAGAUAUAUGGAAUAACAUUUCGUCCUCUAUAAACAAAAUAAUAUCAAGAGCAACUAGGAAACCUUUGAUCAUUCUGUUAUUUUCAAAUGAAACAACUACAAUGGAUUCUCUGGCUGUAGCAUUAGCAUAUGCAAGCAGUAAUGCUUUAAACACUAACAGUUCUCUGUGCUUGAAUCCAGAAAAUUUUAGAGAUGAUACUGGUGAAAUCAUUGAUAUAUGAAAGAAAAUUUUCCAAUGAAAAAGGUUGUGAUAAUUUGUGAUAUUUUGAAUAUUAAUACAAAAGCAAUAAUGGCAUUAUACAAUUUGUGUAAUAGAAUAAAUCCCCCACCUGAAAAGGCUAUUUACAUUCUUACUGUGCAGAGUGAUAAUUAUCAGUUAUUAGAAAAGCUUGCUUAUGUCCAGAAACAAAUUUAUUACAAGCUGUUCAAAAGCAUUGAUUGGGACAUUUUAACAUGCCAUUUAUAACAUGCAUUACAAAUGGGAUAAUUAUACCAGUACAACCUGAAGCCACAAUUAAGAUAUUAUUAAUCUAUCCGAAUUCUUAAGAAAGGAUGCAAACUGUUUUUCAAGUAUUUAGAUAGAUUAUAUAAUUGAAUAAUAGC